GAGAGGCCACUACAAAUAACAGAGAACUUCAGUACGGCGCUGCGAAGAAACACUAACUUCUCUUAACAAGGCAGGAGUUAACGCAGUCAGCCAGAGGAGAGAGACUUACCACUUUGGAUAUUACACAAAAAGUUAUCAUCUACCAAAAGAGACUCAAAGCUUUGAGAGGCUCACCGUAACCAUUCCCGGCAGCUCAAGGUUUGUGCGUAGCGCCAUGGUAACCCACAGCAAGUUUGACAACGCAAUGAGCAGCAGCCUGUUUGACGCAAGCAUGCGGCUGCCGUCUCACCGUUACAAAACCUUCAGCUCCAAGCUUCAGUACCAGAUGGUGCAACACGCCAUCAGGAUGCUCCAGGAGAGCGGCUUCUACUGGGGCUCCAUCAGCGGCAAAGAGGCCAACCACCUGUUGAACUCGGAGCCUAGCGGGACCUUUCUGGUCAGAGACAGUUCGGACAACCGACACUUCUUCACGCUCAGCGUGAAGACCGAGUCGGGCACCAAGAACCUGCGGAUGCAGUGCGACAACAAGUCGUUUUUCCUACAAACGGACUCCAAGAGCAUGCAGUCGGUGCCACGCUUCGACUGCGUGCUGAAGCUCGUCCAUCACUACAUGCCCUCGGCCAGAAGCGCUCUGUCUAUUGGAAACUCUCGGAGCGCCUACUACAUCUACACCGGGGGCGAGAAAAUCCCCCUGGAGCUGUUGAGGCCCCUACCUUGCACAAUGUCCUCCCUGCAGCAUCUAUGCAGGAAGACUGUGAAUGGACAUAUAGAUGUUUCUGGGAAAAAAGAGCAGUUGCCACAACAGCUCAAAGACUUCCUACAAGAGUACGAUGCUCCCAUUUAAACAACAGAGAUGCACUGAUCUGUGGUCUGAGCUAUGUUGAAUGAAGAAACGGGAGGCGAUGAGGGAGCUUGAAGCUAGUCCGAUGAGCCUCAAAGGUCAUGGGCCUUGGAAGCUCGAUGGGCCAAGAUGUAUUGAACUGUUCAUGAGUACAUGGAGUUGGCGAGUACUGUCAUGAGUACUAUCACUGAUGCAUUCUCACAUGACUGAUCUCGAAGCCUCGUUCUUGCCAGUGAAUGCACAUUUGUACUGUUCCUUUGCCUACCAGUGCCAGUAUCUGCGGGCACCAAUCACUGCCUCGAGUAAGCGAGUUCCGCCAAGCAGGGAGACAGCAAGCCAUUUAACCGAAACCAGCCGCCACCGCCUUCUUCCAAGUAAAUAUUUGUGCCUUUCAAGGGAAAAAGGAAGAAGUGAGUAACAGCAUAGCACUGAGGCUGUUGUUGAGAAAUGACUUCUGGGUGGGAACAAAAGAGUCAAAGCAGCUCAGAUAAAACACAUAAAAAUGGACAUUCUGCUUGUACUUGAAAGAGCGACACUUUGAAACAAAAUUUCUGUGUGUUUGUAGUGUUUGUGUUAGGAGCAGUUGAAAUGAGACUGCUGUUUGUUAUUGAAUGUAUUAACAUGUGUGAGUGGUCUUGUGUCUAAAAGAUCACCCAUGUUUCACCUUGUCAUACAAGACAAUGUUUACAUAUAUGAAGAUGAAUUCUUCCAUGUUUUGAUGUAACGUAUUUAUAUUUAUAUAUGAAAAAAACAACAACAACAUUUCAAUAAUUUAUUAAAGAGCACUAUUUUUGUAAAAAUGAA